AGAACUCCCCAGCAUCGGCUGCUCUGUGUGAUCACGUUGAUACCGCUACUCCGCGACUACUUGGAACUUCUCUAUAUCACGUUGACUAGGUACAACCAUGGCCCAUUUGAGACGCGUCAAUUUGGAUAAAUUAAUUCGUCAUGCCCUUUACGUGCAGAACAGGAGAUUAGAAAGAGUUGCUGUGACGAAUCUACAGCGGUAUGUUGCUGGUCAGCAGUCAUUAUGUGCACCUCUAUACCAGCAAUAUCAUACAUCACAGUGCAGGUUGCAAGAAGCUGUGCAGGCAGAAGAUAGUAAGACCUUUGAAUUUCAAGCAGAAACAAGAAUGCUUCUUGACAUAGUUGCAAAAUCCUUGUAUUCAGAAAAGGAAGUUUUUAUUAGGGAAUUGAUAUCAAAUGCAUCGGAUGCAAUUGAAAAGGCACGGUACUUGGCUCUCCAAGGACAUGCUUUAGACUCCUCUGAAGCUACUAUGAAGAUUCAUAUCACUACAGAUAAGUAUGACAAGACACUAACAAUACAGGACUCAGGAAUUGGAAUGACGAAAGAAGAGCUAAUUGAAAAUUUGGGAACAAUUGCCAGAUCAGGGUCAAAGGCAUUUAUCAAGCAGAUACAGGAAGGUGGUGGUGGAGAUCCACAGAAUAUAAUUGGUCAGUUUGGUGUCGGAUUUUACUCUGCAUUCAUGGUGGCUGACAAGGUUGAAGUUUAUACAAAAUCCAGAUUGCCUGGAAGUGUUGGCUAUCACUGGUCAUCAGAUGGAUGUGGUAAAUAUACAGUUGAAGAGGUAGCGGAUGUUGAACCUGGUACAAAAAUAAUCUGCCACCUUAAAGUAAAUAACAGAGAAUUUGCAGAUGACCAGACUGUGAAAGAUGUUAUUAAAAGAUACAGCAGUUUUGUUGGAUCACCCAUUGAAGUUAAUGGUGAGCAAACUAAUAACAUUCAGCCUCUGUGGCUCAUGGACCCAAAGGAAGUUUCUCCUGAGCAACAUGAUGAAUUCUACCGAUAUGUUGGCUCAUCAUUUGACAAGCCAAGAUUCACUCUUCAUUAUCGCACGGACGCACCCAUUGAUCUAAGAUGUGUGCUCUAUGUACCUGAGGGCAAACCAGGUUUGUUUGACUUGAACCGAGAGGGUCAGAGUAGUGUGGCACUCUAUUGCCGCAGGGUAUUGAUAAUGAACAAGGCUGACAAUGUGGUCCCCAAGUGGCUAAGAUUCAUGAAGGGUGUUGUGGACAGUGAAGAUAUUCCUCUUAACUUGAGCAGAGAACUACUUCAAGAUUCUGCCCUCAUUCGCAAGUUGCGAACUGUUAUACAAAACAGAACCAUCCGGUUUCUGUAUGACAAGUUACGAAAAGAUGGGGAAAACUUCCAGAAAUUCUUUGGUGAUUAUGGUAUUUUUAUAAAGGAAGGUAUUCUCUCUUCUCAGGAGCAAGUUGAAAGAGAAGAAAUUGCAAAGCUUGUCUUAUAUGACUCUUCAGCAACCCCUGUUGGAGGGAAAACAACCUUGCCUGAAUAUGUAGGGCGCAUGGCAGCUGAUCAGAAGGAGAUUUAUUAUCUUGCUGCUCCAUCCAGAGAAUUAGCAGAAACAUCGCCAUACUUUGAAUCAUUAAAGAAAAGAAAUGUUGAAGUGCUCUUUUGCUAUGAGCCUUAUGAUGAGGUAGUACUCAUGCAGCUUCGUGAGUUUAAUGGUAAAUCAAUAUUGUCUGUGGAAAAGGAAAUGCGUCAGGAUAAAGAAGCUGUGGACUAUGAUGGAGCUGAGAGUGGACUUCGUCGAUCUGAAGCCAACGAGUUAAUGGAAUGGAUGAAGACAGUCUUGACAGGCAGGUGCUGGGGUGUCAAAGCAACCUCAAGACUUGAAACACAUCCUUGUGUUGUCACAGUGGAGGAAAUGGGAGCUGCUAGACAUUUUGUUAGAACACAGUUCACACAGAUUCCAGAGGAAGCACGAUAUUCUCUUCUACAGCCGCAGUUAGAAAUUAACCCAAGUCACCCGAUCAUUAUGAAGCUGAACAGUUUGCGAGAAAACAACCCACGUUUAGGAGAACUCCUUACCAAACAGUUAUUCAACAAUGCGAUGGUUAUGGCUGGUCUGGUAGAGGAUCCUCGAACUGCUUUGUCAUCAAUUAAUGAACUCCUUCAGUUAGCAUUAGAAAAUCAUUAGUAAGAUAUGGUAAGUUUUAUAUAUAAUGCCCUUGUAGUUUUGUGCAAAACAUUUAUAAUUUUAUAUUAAUUUCUGGACAUUCUGUUUUUUUAUGAAAUUACUCAGUGCACUGGAAAAGUAUAAUUUAAUUUCAUUUGUUAAAUGUAUAUAUAUAUGUAUUAUAUCUAAUUUAGUUUGUGUAGUCAUCUCUUUUUAAUAUGUCAGCUGCUAAACGUGGCAGGUACAGUAUGUACACAAAACUUAUUGAAUAGGUAUUGUCCAAAUGAUACUUUGUUGAAAAAAUUUAUUUGGGUAAUGAACUUACUGUAUAUAUGAAAUAAAUGCUGUAUAUAAAUGGUGGCAUUAUAUAAAAUGCAUCAAUUGUUAAACUGUAAAGCUGAUGUGAUGUAGGUAAGACUAGUUUAAAUCUCAAGAUGCUGAAUUCCAAUAAAAUUGUUGCACUGUA